UCGCCACCACACCCACUGGUCCCGUGUGCGCAUGCGUUAAAGCAACAGCCCCGGCAGUCAGACGCUGAAUGAGCACGAGCUGAUUCCGAGCUCCAAAAUGACGACAUUUCUCCCCAAACUGCUGCUGCUGCUCCUGCUAGCCUUUCCCGCCACUCUCCUCAGCAAAGGGCCCGAGGUGAGCGCUCAGGAUCUGACUGAGGAUGAGGAGGCCGAGGCUGUGGAUGAAGACGUGGUGGACGACGUGACGGCAGAGGACGAGGACGACGAGGCGGAAGUAGAAGACGACGAGAACGCGGAACUGACGGAAGAAAAAGAAGAUGAAGAGGAAGAAGCGUUGGUCGGAGAGGUGAAGGCUUCCCCGAACGCCGACACCACCAUCCUGUUUGUGAAAGGAGAAGACUUUCCCGCCAACAACAUCGUCAAGUUCCUGCUCGGCUUCUCCAACAAGGGGUCCGAGAACUUCGUCGUGGAGUCUCUGGACGCCUCUUUCCGUUACCCACAGGAUUACCAGUUCUACAUCCAGAACUUCACCGCUCUCCAGCUCGGCAUCGUGGUUCCCUCCGGCAGACAGGCCACCUUUGAGUACUCCUUCAUCCCCGCGGAGCCAAUGGGAGGGCGGCCAUUCGGACUCGUCAUCAACCUCAACUACAAGGACGGCAAUGGAAACAUUUUCCAGGAUGCCGUGUUCAACCAGACGGUCACUAUCACUGAGAGAGAGGAUGGACUGGACGGAGAGACGAUCUUCAUGUACGUCUUCCUGUCAGGCCUCGGGCUGCUGGUCGUCGUAGGCCUUCACCAGCUGAUGGAGUCCAGAAAGAGGAGGCGUCCAGCUCCAAAGGUGGAAAUGGGAACUUCGAGCCACAAUGACGUGGACCUGAGCUGGAUCCCUCAGGAAACACUGAACCAGAUCAUGCAGAGUCGCAGAGACAAAGCGUCUCCAAAAAGAUCUCCUCGCAAAAGGAGUCAGAAACGCUCGGCUGGCUCAGACGAGUGACCGGCGCCUGACAUCACGGCGACAGAACUUCCCCCACCCGUCGGAGGAAGAGGAGGAGGAGGAGGAGGAGGGCUGUGAGCCCCACGCCGAGCACACUCUGCUCUCUCUACUGAGGAACUUUAACCAGUGCCAAGCACAGCGAUGGCUGGCUCUCUACUUUCAGCUUACAAACUGUUGAAAACACACACACACACACACACACACACACACACACACACACACACACACAGCCCGUUUUGUUUUACGAUCACAGGUUUCUGAAGCAGGAAUCCUGAAACAGGUGUGUUGGGUUUAAAAGGCACGCGAGGACAUUUUUCUAUUGCGGUUGUUGGUUUUCUUUUAGAGUCUAUUUGUUAGUGGAAUAACUGCUGUUGUGAGACAGUUUUGAUUGUUUUGUUGUUUAUUACCUCCCACUGUGGCGAAGGGCUGUAACCGAUAGCGGAUCAAUCAGUUAGUCGACAGUCCGAACAUCGCCGGUUCCAACUCCUCAAAUGUCAUUUUGUAUUUGUCUGAUGUGAAAGUGAACGUUCAGACCGAAUAAACCAUCUGAAGACGCCAUCUUUGGGCUCUUGGAACUUGUGAUGGACAUUUGUCACUUUGUUUUCUACAUUUUAGAUCAAAUGAUUAAUAAACAAGUAUUUUGCAGAUGACUUGAUAAUGGAAAUAAAUCAUUAGUUGCAGCCCUGCUCUGGUGGAGCCACGAUAACGGUAACAAAUGCAGUUUUUAUUUUCAAUGUAGUUUCGAGUUUUGGAUUUUGUAGAGUGUCUCCUGUCAGCUGUCCUGCUCCUCCUUCACUCAUUUCACUGCACACAUCCUGAGGAGAGUCUGAGACACACUCGCACUCAGAGAGUCUGCGAGGACUCGGUGCCGUCCUCCGGUUCAGAUGGAGCAGAGUCGAGACCUCUUACAAACUUUUUGAGGCCUUUGUAGACGAUCCUGCAGACGAAGAACAGUUCAGUUAUUUAAUUCAUGUGAGAUCUGUUGCUGAACACUUAAAGAGUUAAAAAUUCUCUUAUUCCAACUUCUCAAAGGUGAAUAUUUGCUGCUUUUCUUCGUCGUAGGAAAAUCACAUUAGCAGAUCAAAUGCAUUGAACCCACCUGUAGGCGUCGUCAUCAGAUCUGUGGACAGGAAAUGAGUGAAGAGAAGUCAGAGUGGUGUCGGAUGUAAAACCGCCCUUUAACCCCGACACCCUACGUUUAAACCCCAGUGCUCACAGGUUCUGGGGGGUCGAGGGGUCGAAUGUUAGCCAACAGGCUGGAUUAUCAUGAACAAGCUCACAGCAGCGAUCUCCAAACCCUCAACGUGUGCCUGUUUUCUACUUUUCUGUUUGUAGGUUCGUUUACUUCUGGCUCCUCUCCGCAAACUUGUUUUCAAAAUCAGAAAAAUAAUUUACCAAAUAGUGAAUCUGAGUCUUUUGUUGUUGUUUUCUUUUGUUUUUCUUUGGAUUGUAAAAAUGUUGAACUGGCUGAAGCACUGGUGUAAAUACUGGCUGAUGGAUGAUGAACUGAGAGCGACAUUACCAAGCUAAUUUAUUUGAAUGACAGAUUGGGGCUUUAACAGGGGAUUUUGUGCACUGGUUUUUAUUAUUAUUCUACCACUAGGGGGCGACACUGACUCACUCUGCAGGUCUUCCAGUUCCUGUACUUCUGUGAGUAACUGGCCUCAGAGUUUGGAUGUGAACUGUUAAUUUACUGCAGACACACAACAAACAGCAGGAACAGGAAGCACAUGGUCCAGAUACACAGCUGAGGCUGGUUGGUACCACUCCAACAUCCACAGAGAACUGAGCUCCAGGUUUUUGUUUCUUUUUCUAAAAUGAUGGGGCUGUCAUUCAUGGGUAGAAGCUCAUACUUUUAUCUGCUUUUAAAUGUGCAGGAAAUAAACUUUGAUGAUUUACUGUA